AUGGCUUCGCAGACCUCAGAAGCAGAGACCACCGAAGCAGCAUCUACCUAUGACCAAGCAGACAUGCCAACCAAUCACACAGGGCUCCCAUGCCCUCCAAAGCAGAAGUCCUGGCUAGCACGGCAUUUCUCCCUGCUGUUGAGGAGAGACCGACAGGCCCAAAAGGCCGGGCAGCUCUUCUCGGGGCUCCUGGCCCUCAAUGUGGUAUUUCUGGGUGGGGCAUUCAUCUGUAGCAUGAUCUUCAACAACGUGGCUGUCACUCUGGGUGACGUGUGGAUCCUGCUGGCCGCGCUGAAGGUCCUCUCCCUGUCUUGGCUCCUCUACUACGUAGUGGGCACCACACGGAAGCCCCACGCAGUGCUGUACCGUGACCCUCAUGCAGGACCCAUUUGGGUGAGGGGCUCCCUGGUGCUCUUCGGCAGCUGCACUAUCUGCCUGAAUGCAUUCCGCAUGGGCUACGAUGUGAGUCACAUUCACUGCAAGUCAGAAGUGGAGCUCAUCUUUCCGAUCAUUGAGAUCAUCUUCAUGAGUGUCCAGACAUGGGUACUGUGGAGGCGCUGCAAAGACUGUGUUCAGGUGCAGACCAACCUCACCAGGUGUGGCCUCAUGCUGACCCUGGCCACGAACCUGCUGCUGUGGGUUCUGGCUGUGACCAAUGACUCCAUGCACCGUGAGAUUGAGGCCGAGCUCGACGCCCUCAUGGAAAAAUUCUCAGGUAACGAGACGAACACUUGCAUGUGUCUCAACGCCACGGUGUGCGAGGUCUUCCGGAAGGGCUACCUGAUGCUCUACCCAUUCAGCACGGAGUACUGCCUCAUCUGCUGUGCGGUACUCUUCGUCAUGUGGAAGAACGUGGGCCGCCGCCUGGCAGCCCACUCAGGUGCCCAUCCCAACAGACCACCCUUCCGCCUGCACGGGGUCAUCUUUGGGCCCCUGCUGGGCCUUUUGGCGCUGGUGGCUGGUGUGUGCGUCUUUGUGCUCUUCCAGAUCGAGGCAAGCGGCCCUGAAAUAGGCCGCCAGUACUUCACCCUCUACUAUGCGUACUAUGUGGUCGUGCUGCCCACCAUGAGCCUGGCGUGCCUGGCAGGCACAGCCAUUCAUGGGCUGGAGGAACGAGAACUGGACACACUCAAGAACCCCACCCGCAGCCUGGAUGUGGUGCUGCUGAUGGGCGCCGCCCUGGGCCAGAUGGGCAUCGCCUACUUCUCCAUCGUGGCUAUCGUGGCCACCCGGCCACACGAGCUGCUCAACCAGCUCAUCCUGGCCUACUCCCUGCUGCUUAUCCUACAACACAUCACUCAGAACCUCUUCAUCAUUGAGGGCCUGCACCGCCGCCCGCUCUGGGAGCCUGUGCUCCCGGAUGCGGAUGUGAUGGGGAAGCAGGAUGCUGAGCUGCCCCGCAGAGGCUCCCUGAGGGAGCUGGGCCAGGAUCUACGGAGAGCCUCACGGGCCUACAUUCACUCCUACAGCCACCUCAAUUGGAAACGAAGGGUGCUCAAGGAAAUCUCGCUCUUCCUCAUCCUCUGCAACAUCACGCUGUGGAUGAUGCCCGCGUUUGGCAUACACCCUGAGUUUGAGAACGGGCUGGAAAAGGAUUUUUACGGCUACAGGACCUGGUUCACCAUUGUCAACUUCGGCCUGCCUCUGGGGGUCUUCUACCGCAUGCAUUCUGUUGGGGGACUGGUGGAAGUCUACCUGGGGGCCUGAGUGCCCAGCCAAAUCAGCCACAGCAGAAGCCCUGGAGUACCAAGGCAGAAGAGGAAGCGUGGCCUCUCUGGGCAGAUACAUCACAUGAAGGGGUGCGGACACGUGCCCGGAGUUCCCAAAGUUCCUCAGCCUGACUGAGAGGGGAGGUACCACCUGGAGCUCAAAACCAAGGGUAGGGCUUGGAAGUGGAGCCUGACCACAGCCCUUCGCAAGAACCCAUGUGGUACGGACUACGCAGGUGACAGGCAAAGG